UUGGAAAUGGGAAAGAUUUUUGUUGAGGGUGUUGGGGAAGUGCAGGAGUAUGUUGAUGUCUGCGACUAUGCUGUUGGUUUGUCCCGAAUGAUUGGUGGACCUAUUUUGCCUUCAGAAAGACCUGGCCAUGCCCUCAUAGAGCAGUGGAAUCCUGUUGGGUUAGUAGGAAUCAUCACAGCUUUUAACUUCCCCGUAGCGGUUUAUGGGUGGAACAGCGCAAUUGCAAUGAUCUGUGGGAAUGCUUGCCUCUGGAAGGGUGCUCCUACAACAUCCCUCAUUAGUGUUGCUGUUACAAAGAUAAUUGCCAAAGUCUUGGAGGAUAACAAAGUGCCUGGAGCAAUCUGUUCUCUGGUUUGUGGUGGAGCAGACAUUGGGACAGCAAUGGCAAAAGAUGAGAGAAUGGACCUGUUGUCCUUCACUGGCAGCACAAAAGUGGGCAAGCAGGUAGCGCUUAUGGUUCAGGAGAGAUUUGGUCGAAGUCUGCUGGAACUGGGAGGAAACAAUGCCAUUAUUGUGUUUGAAGAUGCAGAUCUGAACCUAGUCAUCCCAUCUGCUCUAUUCGCCGCUGUGGGAACAGCGGGUCAGAGGUGCACAACUGCUAGAAGGCUGUUCCUCCAUGAAAGCAUCCAUGAUGAGGUGGUGGCAAAGCUUGCUAAGGCCUAUGCCCAGGUCCGCAUCGGUGAUCCGUGGGAUUCUGAGACUUUGUAUGGGCCUCUUCAUACCAAAGCAGCAGUGAAAAUGUUCCUCGAUGCGGUAGAACAAGCAAAACAACAGGGUGGCUCUGUGGUCUGUGGUGGAAAGGUUAUAAAUCGCCCUGGAAACUAUGUUGAACCAACCAUUGUGACUGGCCUUCCUCAUAAUGCACCCAUUGUCCACACUGAAACAUUUGCCCCCAUACUGUAUGUGCUGAAAUUUAAGGAAGAAGAUGAGGUUUUCGCCUGGAAUAAUGAAGUAAAACAAGGUCUUUCCAGCAGUAUCUUUACCAAGGAUUUGGGAAGGAUUUUCCGCUGGCUUGGGCCAAAGGGAUCUGACUGUGGCAUUGUGAAUGUCAACAUCCCAACCAGUGGGGCUGAGAUUGGAGGUGCUUUUGGUGGUGAAAAGCACACUGGUGGGGGAAGAGAAUCUGGAAGUGAUUCAUGGAAACUUUAUAUGAGACGGUCUACUUGUACAAUCAACUACAGCAAGGAUUUACCUUUGGCUCAAGGAAUCAAGUUUCAGUAACAGCCUCAUGAACGGCUGUGCCGUGAACUCUCCUACCAUUUCAGAACCAACUGCCUUCUAAGCCUCAUGGUGAAGAAAAUUAAUUACCUGAAACUUCUCUCUCUGCAGCAAGGAUACUAAUUCUGUCAAAAAAUCAGCUACUCUAAAAUUGCUUCACUUUCAUGUAUGAAAUUAUUACUUCAGUCUUCAAAUGUCAUCUUUGGGAAGAAGGGAGGGUGACUGAAACUAACAAACUUGGAUUCAGGCAGGCUGGAUAAUACUCUGCUGCCUUAUCACUAUAUUUCAUUAUCAACACUGUCUGUAUCCCCCUCCUCCCCACCAUUUCCUCGUAUUUCUAGCUACUAGGUCUAUGCUUCAAACUACGUGCUGAGUUUCCUACAGAUACCUUUUGCUGUGGGAGGUGGGCAGUACAGGGAUAUUUUUCAGUGCAUAAAUAAAGGUACAUUUU